CCCGCGGCCGUGCCUCCUCCUCCGCCGCCGCCGCCGUCGCGCACCGCUCGGCGCUCCGCUGGAGGUGGGCGAAAGAGUGCGAGGGCUCGGGGGAGGAGCCGGACGGGGCGCGUCCCCAGAGCGCCGCCACCGCCCGCCCCCCGGACUCGGCUGGAGCGCGGAGCCCCCUGCAGGGGAGGCGGCGAGCGGCUGGCGGGACGCGGCGGCGGCGGCGGCGGGCGCGGACCAUGCAGUCCCGGCCCGGCGGCCAGCGCCGGCUGCUCGCUGUGCUGUGAGGUGGCGGGGUCCCCUCCGGCCGCCGCACCUCCAGGCGCUGCCCGGCGCCCUUGCCCUUCACCCCGACCCCGGGACACCGGUGGAAGGCACGGCCUGCCCCUGCCCCGCUCCGCCCGAAGCAUGCAGAGGGCUCCGAACGAAGACAAGGCGGCUCACCGGCGCGCGCCCGCCGUGGUCGAGGGGCGCCCUGCUCUCUGAAACGGCUCCCCACCUGCUGCCAUGCGUCGCCGCCACAGGUACCCAGCUCGUCGUUAAACUUUUCCAGAUCCGGCCCGGGUCGGAGUCGCGGGGCGGAGGGGCCCGGCUGGCUGCGGACGUCUGCCGCCCAGCAGGACCUUCAGAGAGUUCUGUCCUUGGAACCGGAGCCCUAAUCGUCUCUCCAGCCCUCUCUGGCGUAGAGCUGAGCGCUGCCCGGCGGAGGCAGCGCCUUCCCGAAACAGUUUAUCUUUGGACGGAUUUCUUUAAAGAGAGAGAGAGAGGGAAAAAAACCCAAAACAAACAACAGGUUGCCAGCCCGAGCGUCACGCUCAAGACUCGGGAGGGAGGGAGAGGGAAGCCCCAGCCGCGGAUCCGACGGGCAGUGAGAGGCCGGGCGAAGGAGGGGGCGAUGGCUCGGCCUGACCCGUCCGCGCCGCCUUCGCUGCUGCUGCUGCUGCUGGCGCAGCUGGUGGGCCGGGCAGCGGCCGCCUCCAAGGCCCCCGUGUGCCAGGAAAUCACGGUGCCCAUGUGCCGCGGCAUCGGCUACAACCUGACGCACAUGCCCAACCAGUUCAACCACGACACGCAGGACGAGGCAGGCCUGGAGGUGCACCAGUUCUGGCCGCUGGUGGAGAUCCACUGCUCACCGGACUUGAGGUUCUUCCUGUGCUCCAUGUACACGCCCAUCUGCUUGCCCGACUACCACAAGCCGUUGCCACCGUGCCGCUCCGUGUGCGAGCGCGCCAAGGCCGGCUGCUCGCCGCUCAUGCGCCAGUACGGCUUCGCCUGGCCUGAGCGCAUGAGCUGCGACCGCCUCCCGGUGCUGGGCGGCGACGCCGAGGUGCUGUGCAUGGAUUAUAACCGGAGCGAAGCCACGACCGCCUCUCCCAAGUCCUUCCCAGCCAAACCCACCCUCCCAGGGCCGCCGGGGGCGCCGUCUUCAGGAGGUGAAUGCCCCUCGGGAGGCCCGUCCGUGUGCACGUGCCGCGAGCCCUUCGUGCCCAUCCUGAAGGAGACACAUCCGCUCUACAACAAGGUGCGCACGGGCCAGGUGCCCAACUGUGCGGUGCCCUGCUACCAGCCGUCCUUCAGCCCGGACGAGCGCACGUUCGCCACCUUCUGGAUCGGCCUGUGGUCCGUGCUGUGCUUCAUCUCCACGUCCACCACCGUUGCCACCUUCCUCAUUGACAUGGAGCGAUUCCGCUACCCGGAGCGCCCCAUCAUCUUCCUGUCCGCGUGCUACCUGUGUGUGUCACUGGGGUUCCUGGUGCGCCUGGUCGUGGGCCACGCCAGCGUCGCCUGCAGCCGAGAGCACAGCCACAUCCACUAUGAGACCACCGGCCCUGCGCUGUGCACGGUCGUUUUCCUGCUGGUUUACUUCUUCGGCAUGGCCAGCUCCAUCUGGUGGGUCAUCCUGUCACUCACCUGGUUCCUGGCGGCCGGCAUGAAGUGGGGUAAUGAAGCCAUCGCAGGCUAUGCCCAGUACUUCCACUUGGCCGCCUGGCUCAUCCCCAGUGUGAAGUCCAUUACGGCGCUGGCACUGAGUUCCGUGGACGGGGACCCGGUGGCCGGCAUCUGCUAUGUGGGCAACCAAAACCUGAACUCGCUGCGAGGCUUCGUCCUAGGCCCGCUGGUGCUCUACCUGCUGGUGGGCACGCUGUUCCUUCUGGCGGGUUUCGUGUCGCUCUUCCGCAUCCGGAGCGUCAUUAAGCAGGGCGGCACUAAGACGGACAAGCUGGAGAAGCUCAUGAUCCGCAUCGGUAUCUUCACCCUCCUCUACACGGUGCCGGCCAGCAUCGUGGUGGCCUGCUACCUGUAUGAGCAGCACUACCGGGAGAGCUGGGAGGCCGCCCUCACCUGCGCCUGCCCGGGACCUGAUGCUGGCCAGCCGCGCGCCAAACCUGAGUACUGGGUGCUCAUGCUCAAGUACUUCAUGUGCCUGGUGGUGGGCAUCACGUCGGGGGUGUGGAUCUGGUCCGGCAAGACCCUGGAGUCUUGGCGGCGCUUCACCAGCCGCUGCUGCUGCAGCUCCCGGCGGGGCCACAAGAGCGGUGGCGCUAUGGCCUCUGGGGACUAUGCGGAGGCCAGCGCCGCGCUCACCGGCAGGACCGGGCCGCCUGGCCCCGCCGCCGCAUACCACAAGCAAGUGUCUCUGUCGCACGUAUAGGAGGCCUGGAGGCCUAGGCCGAGGCCUAGGGACUGCGCUGGGAGUUGAAGGAGAGGGUUAUUUUGCUUGCUAGCU